AAGCGGUUGUAGCGCAUGAUAAGCAAGUAAGUAAGUAAGAUGAACAAACGAGGUAUCGAGACUUUUGAAGCUAUCCCCUCCCGGGAUGACUACCAUAGUGGCAACAGAAAGAAAUAAGGACAGCGCCGGAACGCUACAAUGAUUGGACUACGUGAUUUCAAUGGCAGAGGAACGCAGACAAAAAAAUGAAUUCUGUAACGGGCAAAAUUGUAAUAUGAAAAUUUAAACGAAACGAUGGAUUUGCUUGCAGUAUCCAACUAGCUAAUAUAGCCUGACACAUGUGAAAUUGUGCUUCACUGACAGCAAAACAGCUAGCAAAACAACAACGCGAAACACAACACGCGAUACCGGUGUUGCAUGUGAGUCGUAAGUUUUGGGCCCCUUUUUUCUAGCGAUUUGCCGUUAGAGAUCAUUCAAUUAAUAUCAGAAAGCAAUACUUUUGCACCACCCGUACAAUGGAGGAACCCGUGGAGGACUCUUUCGACCAGGCCGUGAAACUGCCACAAAAGCGCUUCUAUCGCCAACGUGCCCACUCGAACCCGAUAGCUGACCAUAGCUUUGAGUACCCAACCCGGCCGGAUCUGAGCAAUUGGAAUGACCUGUACCCGAACGUCGGCGAUCGGUGUGUUGCGUUUGCAGACAUUGGCUGCGGUUAUGGCGGAUUUUUGGUAACGCUUGGGGAAACAUACCCAGACAAGUUAGCCCUCGGUAUGGAGAUUCGCGUAAAGGUGUCCGAUUACGUGAUGGAUCGCAUCAAGGCGCUGCGCCAGCGACAUAAGGGAAGGUACGAGAAUAUCGCUUGCAUACGGACAAACGCGAUGAAGUACUUGCCGAACUAUUUCCGCAAACAUCAGCUAGAGAAACUGUUCUUCCUGUACCCGGAUCCACACUUUAAGAAAGCGAAGCACAAAUGGCGCAUCAUUAAUUCCACGUUGCUGAGCGAGUACGCGUACGUGCUGCGGCCGGGUGGCCAAAUUUACACCGUAACCGAUGUGCGCGAACUACACGAAUGGAUGUGCAAGCACAUCGAGGAGCAUCCGUGCUUCCGGCGCUUGCCGGAAGGUGAAGCUCAGCAAGACAUACUAGCACCAAAGCUGUUGGACAGCAGUGAAGAGGGUCAAAAGGUAACCCGUAUGAGUGGCGAAAAGUUUAUGGCAAUCUUUACUAGGGUAUGAUUCGUGGCGGUUCGAUGGUUCGCCAUUAUUUUUGAGUGGUGAAAUAAAGAGACUAUAUCUUACGUUACGCGUACGAUAGGUCGUCAAAAUAAGCAAAAA